AUGACUCUAUAUUCUGUGUUUGAGCUGACUAACCUGUACGGGGCUCAUCCCUUCUACCUGGCCAUGGAGGAGGGAGGGACGGGGACAGCACAUGGAUUCUUCCUGCUCAACAGCAACGCUAUGGACGUGGCCCUCCAGCCGGGCCCUGCCAUCACCUGGCGUACCAUUGGUGGGAUCCUGGACUUCUACGUCUUUCUGGGUCCCGAUCCGGCCUCUGUGAUUGGACAGUAUUUGGAGGUCGUAGGUUACCCCACCAUGCCAGUCUACUGGGCGUUGGGGUACCAUCUCUGUCGCUGGGGUUACGGAAGUAGCAAUGCCACCUGGGACGUCGUCAAGAACAUGAGGAAUUAUGGAAUACCUCAGGAUGUGCAGUGGAAUGAUAUAGACUACAUGGACCGUUCUCUAGACUUCACCUUUGACCCCGCGGUCUUCUCGACCCUGCCUGACAUGGUGAAAGACCUGCACAGCCACGGACAGCGCUAUGUCAUGAUGCUGGACCCAGGUAUCAGCAGUGUCCAGCCAGAAGGAGAGUACUGGCCGUAUGACGAAGGUCUGAGGAGAGGAGUCUUCAUCAACCACACAGAUGGAAGCACACUCAUCGGGAAGGUGUGGCCAGGUCUGACAGCGUUUCCUGAUUUCUCUGAUGAUGUGACCCAUGAGUGGUGGUAUGACAAUCUCAAGAGGUUCCACGACAAAGUUCCCUUCGAUGGACUCUGGAUCGACAUGAACGAGCCAUCUAGCUUCGUGGACGGGUCGACCGUUGGUUGUCCUGACACCGAGCUGGAGAACCCUCCUUACACACCUGGUAUAUUAGGAGGGUUGUUGAGGGCUAAGACUCUGUGUGCCUCUUCUGUCCAGAAGACCUCGUCUCACUACAACAUGCACAGCCUGUAUGGACUUCUAGAAGCUAAGGCCUCGGCAUGUGCCCUGAAGCGUAUGUUGGGGAAGAGAGCGUUUGUGAUCUCUCGCUCCACCUUCCCCAGUCAAGGCCAAUACUCUGGACACUGGCUAGGAGACAACAGGAGUCACUGGAAAGACAUGUACACCUCGAUAGCAGGUAUGUUAACCUUUAACCUCCUGGGUGUUCCCCUGGUGGGGGCGGAUGUCUGUGGCUUCAGUGACCAGACUGAGGAGGAGCUGUGUGUACGCUGGACUCAGCUAGGAGCCUUCUACCCUUUCACACGCAACCACAACUCUAUCGACCAGAAGCCUCAGGACCCUCCAGCGUUCAGCCCUCUAGCCCGUUCAGCCAUGAAACAGUCUCUCCUGCUACGCUACUCUCUCUUCCCUCUGCUCUACACACUGUUCCACCGUGCACACACACACGGACACACUGUCGCUCGCCCUCUGCUGUUCGAGUUCCCCAAGGAUGUGAGAACGUAUGGGAUAGACAGACAGUUCCUAUGGGGGAAGAGUUUGAUGGUGACACCAGUAUUAGAUCCAGGUGUGGACUUUGUUGUGGGCUACUUCCCUCAGGGUCUCUGGUACGACUACUACACGGUAAGAACCCAGCUAUAUAUAU